CCUUGCACACCACAAGAUUACUUUUCCCCCCAUUAGCCUUACAAACAGCCGUUGGAAAGGUUUAUUGGCUCCAUUAAUAUAUAUUCAUACGUGGAUAAUAGCUUAUAAUGUUUUUCAAAUAUAUUCUUUCUGUAUAAUUCAAUCUGACGGCGUUUUCUAAGGGAUUUAAAGUCGUUAUGUUACGUAUAUAUAAAUAUAAAAAAAUACGAGGAAACAUGGAGGCACCAAAGAUAUUCACCUGGAACGAGACGCGCAAAACAUGAUAUUAAUUUAAAAUGAUCGUUAAUUCUCUUCCAAAUAAUCAAAUAUAAUACGACCAAACAUGGUAAAAUGCUCCGUUGUGUGUAUUGAAUUUGUAAUUUAGAGAUUAUUUUACACGAGUGAUCACGUGAGACUUACCUCAUCUGGUCACGGGGUAAAAACAUGGCUACUUGCAUAUUGAGCUUUUGCACCGCUUUCUAACGUUACAGUCAUAUACAUCUCCCAUCGUUGCAUAUUCCCACCGAAUAUUCAGUGUGUUGUCGUUAAACAAAAUUAUGGCUUCGGCGUUCGUGGUUGGAGAUCAAUUCCGAAAUCGAGUGUCAGGACUGUUGGAACAGACGGACUCGUCUCUGCCUGAAGAGCUGAGAACACAACUGGGUACUCUACUUGGAAAUCAAGGAGAAAUUAACCUGCCAUUUAGUACAGCGCGACAAUUGAAAAAGUAUCUUCAAGAUGAAGGGCAUCCAUUCUAUUUGCAUGACUUGUUGGAGGAUAGUUCAUUGCACCUGCCGGAGGUUGUGAAGCCCCCCAGAAACCCUGAGCUGGUUGCACGCUUGGAAAUCAUUAAAGCCAGACUAGCAAACGAGGAAUACAAUAAGAUGACUCGUAACGUAAACACUCAGGAAAUGAACCGUAAUGGAACACUGGCAGAUUUGGGACAGCAAGUACGAUCAGCUAAAGCAGUGGUUGUGACUGUUUUCAACUUCCUGGUGACUGUAAUCGCUACAUUUGCCUGCUCCUACAUGGGCAGUCAGUACCUAUUCACUGAAACAACAGCGAGAGUAAUAUCUGCUGUGAUCGCAACAUCUGUAGUGGGGUUAGCUGAGCUGUAUGUCCUGGUCCGGACCAUGGAGGGGGAACUCGGUGACCCUUAGCACAACAAACAAGGGAACUACACUAAAGUCAAAAAGGGAAACUCCAUUUAAGAGCAGCCUUUUAUUAAGGUCACACUCUAUUAAAAUUAUAUGGACCAAGAGAGUCUUCACAUUUAAACGACACCAAUUUCCACUUUGCUAUUAGGCAGAUCUUUUGGCACCCUCUUAUGGCAACCUAUGGCAUUGCUGAAAAAGGACAACUGCGAGUAGGGUAGUUUUUUGACAAAAUUCUAUUCAGAAAUGGCUUUGAACGUAUUUUUGAUGCUGGUUUACAAAAAUGGGGUUCGGUUUAGGCUUUUUUUUUUAGCACAUAAGGUUGUUUGAGUUAUUUUUUUCUUACGUUUGAGCCGUAUAAGUAUACAAAUUUACAAAAAGAAAAAGAAUCUUCCGGUUGCGGACCCUCACUCUUAAUUCAUAAAUAUUACAUAUACAGUAUUUGUAAUAUGUAUGAUUGAUAUAUAUAUAUAUACAUAUAUAUAUAUAUUACAUACUUUAUUAUUUGGAAUCUCAUUAAGAAUUAGAGCUCUGAUGAAAAUAGAAAAUAAAUAAAUAAAUAUAAAUUAUAAAUAUUUUUAGUCUGUUGACGAGUGUUGUCUAAUGCUAUUUUUUUUUUUUUUUUUACUGCUUUUUAUUUAUUAUCUCUGUUUUUCCUAGAAACCAAAAUAUAAAAUAUUAUUAUCAUGAAUAAAUGAACACCUGUGAUUUUCUUUUGAUCCUGAUGAUAUUAAUAAAGCCAUACAUCUGUAUCUCGAAUUGAAUGAUGAUGAUCAGUUGAUUUUAGUUGAUUCAGCGAAAACAACAGUACGUAUACUCAAUGUCAUAAGCUAUUAAUUUGGUUAUUAAAUUUGAUCAUUUUAUUCUACAAGAGUUUAUGUAGCAAUUAUUGUUCGUUCCAUUUGGUACCUUCCAACCAGAAACAUCUUCUAGAUUAUGUCUAUUUUCUUAUCUUAUUUUAAUUAGUUAAGGUCUGUAUCAAGUUAUACAAUGACAAUACAUCUAAAGAACACUUCAAAAGCUAUUGCUAUAGGCUAGAUCUGCUAAUAACACGCUAGUAGUAACAAUAAAGCCUUGAAUCAACA